CAACCUCAGCAACCAGGCGCGCAACCAGGAGUUGAUCGUGCGGCGAAGGUGGGCGCUGUUGAGGAACUUCUUCUGCGGACCACGAGUAGCCUGGACUACAAGCUCACAAGAAGAAUGCCACUGGAAGCUGUCUCAUCACGAGAACUCCCUGCGCAUGCGUCUAAAGUUGUGCCCUAACCUGCACUUCAGCAGCCACACCGACGCGAGCAACCUUCGUGAUAACACAGGUUGGUUGAGCAGAGCCAGAUCUGAGGAGGUACCACUCUCUCUCAACAUCUCUUCAGCUGUGCUCAGAGGAGAAACUGACGAUGCUGACUACAUUCCAGAAGAAGAUCUCAGGAGUCUCUCUGAGACAGAGGUGGAGGGGAGUGGAGAGGCAGGCAAGGAGAAGCUGGUGCUGUCUCAGGAGUGCCAUUUAGUUACACUCAUGAGUGCCAUCAAGGGCCGCUUCGACAUCACCACCACUCAUGUCUAUUUCCACGACCUCAGCCCUGUCAAGGAGGACAUGGACAGACAAGAUUUUAAGUGGCCUUUAUCAAGCUUAAGAGAAAUCUAUCUUAGAAGAUACAAUUUGCGUAGAAGUGCACUGGAGAUCUUCCUCAUUGACCACACCAACUACUUCCUAAACUUUACAACUAAGACACGGAACCGGGUGGUGAGUCGAUUACUUGGGCUGCGACCACCGAACCUGGCCUACAACAGCAGUAGAUCUCCAGCCGACCUACUGCGGGCCUCAGGACUCACGCAGAAAUGGGUCAACCAUGAGAUAACUAACUUUGAAUAUUUAAUGCAGUUAAACACGAUUGCUGGCCGUACCUACAAUGAUCUCUCCCAGUACCCAGUGUUCCCUUGGAUUGUGGCUGAUUAUUCAUCUGAUGAUCUUGAUCUCUCGGACCCGGCAUCGUUUCGAGACUUGUCUAAACCUAUCGGAGUUGUCAACCCCCGCAACGAAGCUGAUGUCAAGAUCAAAUAUGAUUCUUUUGAGGAUCCAUCCGGAAUGAUAGCCAAGUUCCACUACGGCACUCACUACUCCAACUCUGCGGGCGUGCUACACUAUCUGGUGAGAGUGGAACCGUUCACGUCACUCCACAUAGAGCUACAGAGUGGCCGCUUUGAUGUAGCUGACAGGCAGUUCCACUCCAUUCCUCAGACAUGGAAACUUCUCAUGGACAAUCCAAAUGACGUCAAGGAACUGAUACCUGAAUUCUUUUACUUCCCAGAGUUCCUGAAAAAUUUGAACAAAUUUGAUCUGGGCCUACUGCAAGGUACAAAAGAAAGAGUGAAUGAUGUGGUACUUCCCAAUUGGGCCUCAAGUGCAGAGGAUUUUAUCUACAAGCAUAGAAAAGCUUUAGAGUCAGAAUAUGUGUCUUCCCACUUGCAUGAGUGGAUAGAUCUGGUGUUCGGUUAUAAACAGAAAGGUCCCAAGGCAGUGGAAGCUCUCAAUGUGUUUUACUACUGCAGCUAUGAAGGAGCUGUGGAUUUAGAUGCUAUCACAAACCCUGUGGAAAGAGAGGCAGUGGAAGGGAUGAUCAACAAUUUUGGUCAGACACCAAGCCAGCUGCUCAAGGAACCUCAUCCACCCCGUCUCAGCUUGCAAGAUGCGUUGUCAAAGAUGCUGAAAACUGACAGAAAACCAGACAUUACAAUGUUCUUGAAUAAAUUAACACCAAUUUCAGUUGAAGUAUUCAAUGACAAGGACCCAGUGGUGUAUGUGAGUGGGCCGAGGUCACCACCUAGGGGGUUCUUGCAGACAACUCUUCCCGACUGUCUGGUCACUGUGUCACGAGCUGGGAUCUUGGGCGUUCAUUCCUGGCUGCCUUACGACCGCUACAACAACCGAGGCUUCACUCUGGAUGUGGAUCCUACCCUGUCCAAUAACAAGAGUCGGAGAAGUAUAGCAGGUUCAUUCCAUCCAAGCAUCACACUUCACAGUCAACUAUUUUGCGUUUCCCAUGACGGGAAGAUGCUCAUCACUGCCGGCCAUUGGGACUGUAGUGUGCGGGUCUUCAGCCUUACCAAGAACAAGACUUUGGUCUCAGUUAUAAGGCAUUUCGACCUGGUGACCUGUAUUGCCUUGGACAACUGCGGUUGGUAUCUAGUGAGUGGAUCACAAGACUGUACCUGUGUAGUGUGGGACAUCAGUCAGCUGGCCUCGGCCCCCCUCAAGCCUGUACAGACCCUGUAUGGUCAUGACCAGCCCGUCACAACUGUAGCCAUAGCAACUGAGCUGGAUCUCGUUGUUUCUGGUUCUAAGGAUGGGACAGUGAAUGUUCACACAAUUCACGAGGGUCAGUACUUGCGCACAUUGUAUCCAGCCGGUUGUGAGGGAAUGUGCACCGAAAUCACAUUCCUUGCCUUCUCUACCCAGGGUCAAAUUGCCUUCACUGCUAGUUCUGUGACAAGCCACUCGGUGCAUGUGUUCUCUGUGAAUGGAGAGAGUCUAGGCUCCAAGUAUGUGGCUGGGAGAGUCACUGGCCUAGUCACAGUUGGAGAUUGCUUGGUGGUCGUGGAUGACGCCGGAGACCUCACCAUGAGUCGUCUCCUGGGGCUUUACCCGGUGUUCGAUAUCCCCCUCCACAUCCCCAUCCUGGAUGUGGUAGUGACUCCUGGUAACUCUCACUUGCUGGUCUCACUACAAGAUGGCAACAUCGUCGUCAUCCUCGUCCCAGUCUCAUAGUCUACAACCAUCAGUGAUCAUCUCCUAGCAUUCCGUAUACUGUUAAUAACUAAUUGAGUGUAGUCAUCUUUCCCACGUCUUGUAGAAUAUUUUUAGAAAAUUUUAAAUGGAUUGUUAUGUAUUUUACCAGUGAUAUCUUUAAACAGUCUUUGUGUCAGCUUAUUUUAAUAAAUGAAUAAAAUCAUGUUGCAAUAUUACUAUGUCAUAUAUUUAGUGUAUGUUUUUUGUUAUUACAUUGGUUAUAAAUAUAUUUUCCCACAAUUUACUGUGAAAAUACAAAUAUUGUUACUAUGUUUAAUUUUAAGUAAACGUGUUCUAAAAAGAUAGUA